UGAAAUUGGCCAAAGUUGGUACCUUUUUUUUUUCACCCCUUUUCUCUUUCACUUUCUAUUUCUUCCUCCCUUUUUUUCUUUCCAUACUAUUACCCAUUACCAUGGUUCGUGAAACAAAGUUUUAUGAUAUUUUGGGUGUUUCUCCCUCUGCAACUGAAAGCGAAUUGAAGAAAGCUUACCGCAAGCUUGCUUUAAAGUACCAUCCCGACAAGAAUCCUGAUGCUGGUGAUAAAUUCAAGGAAAUCUCUCAUGCUUAUGAAGUUUUAUCUGAUACGGAAAAACGACAAAUGUAUGAUCAAUAUGGGGAAGAAGGUUUGAAUGGUCAAGGUGGUAUGGGUGGUAUGGAUGCUGAAGAUCUCUUUUCUCAAUUGUUUGGUGGUGGUCUUUUCGGUGGUGCUGGUGGUGGUGGUCGAUCUCGUGGUCCUCAAGGUCCUCGUCGUGGCAAGGAUAUGGUUCAUCAUCUUAAGGUUAGUUUGGAAGAUCUUUACAAGGGCAAGUCUACCAAAUUGGCUCUUCAAAAACAUGUUCUCUGUGGCAAAUGUAAUGGCAAGGGUGGAAAAGAUGGUGCUGUACGUACUUGUAAUGGAUGUAAUGGUCAAGGUGUACGUGUUACUAUUCGUCAAAUGGGUCCUAUGAUGCAACAAUUCCAACAAGCUUGUCCUGAUUGUCGUGGUGAAGGUGAAAUCAUCAAUGAAAAAGAUCGAUGCAAGCAAUGUUUUGGUAAAAAGAUCGUUGGUGAAAAGAAGAUUCUAGAAGUUUUUAUCGAUAAAGGUAUGAAGAAUGGUCAAACCAUCACUUUCACUGGAGAAGGUGACCAAGCCCCCAAUAUUAUUCCCGGUGAUAUCAUCAUUGCCCUAGAUGAAAAACCUCAUAGCACCUUUGAACGUAAUGGUGAUGAUCUUGUUUAUCAAGCCAAGAUUGACUUGUUGACUGCUUUGGCUGGUGGUCAGUUUGCUAUUCCUCAUUUGGAUGAUCGUAUCUUGUUGGUUUCUGUUCUUCCUGGAGAAGCCAUUCAACCCAACAUGGUCAAGGUGAUUCCCAACGAAGGUAUGCCUGCUCAUCGUCAUCAUACUCAUGGUCAUCUCUUCGUCAAGUUCAACGUUGAAUUCCCUCAAUCCAACUGGACCGAUGAAGAAACCAUUGCUAAACUUAAUGGUAUUCUCCCUACUCGAACUCCUUUACCUUCCCUUGGUAACAAACAUGUGGAUGAAGUGGUUUUAGCUGAUGCUACUGGAUAUCAAGCUCAACGCUCUGCUCGUGCUCAAUAUGAAGAAGACGAAGAAGAAGAAGAAGGUCAACCUGGUGUACAAUGUGCUCAAAGCUAAAUAGAUAUUAGCCUUUUUUCUGAUGGAUUUUUUAUUUUGUCCCAUUCUAUAUCACAGACACAUACAUUUUAUUUUCCUACUUAUAUAAAUAUACAUUUUGUCUUCAUUUCUAUCUUCUAUGUAUUAUGUUGUACCCCCCACCUUCUGUGUUUUCUUUUUCUUUUUUUUAAAUCAAUAAAAUUUUAGAUUUUCUUUUAUAUCCUAUU